UUCUUCUGCUCUCAUGCGAUUUGUUUACCAACGACGAUAGUAACCGUCUUUGUUAUUGUUUCUUACUCAGUUAGAGUGUUUUAUUAGGAUAUUAUAUAGUCUGUGUGAAUGAUAUCACUUUUCCGUAUCUCGCGAAAACUACUAGUACUAAGUGAAACACCAACAAGUUACAUAAAGCCAAAACACUUUACUACAGACAUCAUGAGCAAGAGAAAGGCACCGGAGGCUAACGUGAACUCUGACCUCUGCGAUAUGUUGAUAGAGCUAGCGAACCACGAGAAGAACGUGACGAGGAACAUCCACAAGCACAAUGCGUACAGGAAGGCGGCAAGCGUCAUCGGCAAACACCCGACGCGAAUCGCCAGCGGCGAGGACGCGAAGAAACUGUCCGGCGUCGGGGACAAGAUAGGAAAGAAGAUAGAUGAAAUGUUGGCCACGGGAAAACUAGCAAAGCUGGAGAAGAUCCGCACGGACGACACUAGUGUAGCGAUAAACCUCAUGACACGCGUAUCAGGAAUCGGGCCUGCGAUGGCGAAGAAACUCGUGGACGAUGGAAUAACGACAAUCGAAGAACUCACGAAGAAUGAGGACAAGCUAAAUCAUCAUCAGAAGAUCGGAUUGAAGUACUUUGAAGACUUUGAGAAGCGGAUUCCGAGAGAUGAGAUGGAGGAGCUGGAGGAAAUCAUGUUGUCAGAGAUUGAAGAUCUGGACGAUCGUUACAUAGCGACGGUUUGCGGUAGCUACAGGAGAGGUGUGGCAACCAGUGGUGAUAUUGACUGCCUGCUCACCCAUCCCGACUACACGUCCAAAUCCACGACCAAGCACGGGGAGCUGCUGGUCAAGGUCGUCGAGAGGUUGAAGGGGCCAGAGUUCGUCACCGAAACGAUCUCGCUCGGCGACACGAAGUUCAUGGGAGUCUGCCAGGUGCCGGGGACGGGGGAUGAGAGCGAGGACGCGGCGCGCCUCCACAGACGCCUCGACAUCCGGUUGAUACCGCACGACCAGUACUUCUGUGGCAUCCUCUACUUCACCGGCAGCGAUAUGUUCAACAAGAACAUGAGGACAGAAGCCCUAGAGAAGGGCUUCACACUGAACGAGUACACCAUCAGACCAAUGGGCAGCACAGGCAUAGCCGGCGACCCCCUCCCCGUCACCUCGGAGCAGGACGUCUUCAAAAUUCUUAGCAUGAAGUACAAGAAACCCUCGGAGAGGAGCGUCUGAUGACCUCUGACCUCUGACCUCACUUCCUCGCCUGCGAUCGGCGAUCGUGGGGACGUCGACAGCGAUGUGGCUUCCUCUAGUGGCAUCGAGCGGCGUGAAACGAUAGCGACGUUAUGAUAUUAUGUGCACGUGGUCGUUAGAGUUUGUGUUUAGUGUCGUACCCGUGUGGUUUGUGUUCUCUCAGACUAGGGAGGGUUAGCAUGGAGUAAUGGGUCUAAUAGGUGGAUAACAGAUAGUAGAACACUACGCGAGGGUUAGGGUUAGAGUUGGGGAAUAACGCAAAGAUGACAGUAUCUGGUGACGAUCUCUACUUUCUCGAAAGAACGUGUUGACCGACUAUCAACAUUAAUUACAUCAUCGAAGGUUUCGCAAGAUGAUUUUAACGUAUUAAACCCGACACGUUCUAUUUACGCGUGUCAGUCAACCUGUUAUCAUGGAGAAAAAAAUGUGAAGCUGUGUGUCUGUGUGUCGUGCUCGUUAAAAUUUCUGGGCGCAAAUGACGAUUAAGUAGGCGGUGUGACGUAUUCACCAUGAUCAUGUGUGAGGUGAACAGAAACACUAAUAAGAUUAUGAACUAACAGUAGCAUGAUUUGUAGUUUGUACAUCGCAAUGUAUUUAUUGUAGUUUGGCAAGCACUAAUCAAUGGCGACAAUUUGACGAAGGAUUAACUGGAAAGAAAAUCGUAGCGCUUGUCUUAAUACGUUUCUCUAUUGGCUUGUGUUGGUACUAACCUAGUCUAGUAGUAAGUUAUUUUCACAGUAGUCUCUGUAGAUGAAGUUAUGUGAUAGUUCCACGUUGUAGACAUCUCAGGGAACUCUAGAAAACCCUUUCGUGCUUACGGAUUUUGAUUUGAAAAGUUUUAAUCGGAAAUAAUUGGUAAUAAUUAGUCGAAAUAGAUAACUAUGAAUCACAAGCACAUUCCCGUUCUUGCUGUGUGGACUCUGAUUUGUUCUUGCGAUACUUUAGAUGCAUGAUAUUCUCUCUGAUGAUGCAAUAAAGUGUACAAGAUGUAACAUGGCCAUGCAACACC